AUGGAUGAGCUGGAGAAAGGGCUCGUUACAGGAUUUAUUGGGAAUGCUGUAGCAUUGUUCGAAAGCGAUUUGCGGCGCGGUCUUCAAGAAGGAGAACUAGCGGAAUUGCUUGAUGAGAUCGAGAAGAAGGAGCAAAACAUGUUUGGCAAACGGACUGAGAAAUACGCCCAUUCCGUGGAAAUAAAGCAUGCUGCUGAUAAGGUAUACGUUUACCUCUCUCACGUAUUUUUGCUUACCGAACAGGUUUUCUCAAAAAUUCAGAUACCUAUUCUUUGA